GCGGCCCGGGAAGCUCGAGGGAGGAGCUCCCGCUAGGCAGCCGCAGGUUGCCCCCGCCCCUGACAGGGCGCCGCGGGGCAAAGGCGGCCAGCUGGCCGGGCCCCUGGAUACUGAGGGAGUGGCCCGGCCGGCCAGGGCAGCCCAGGAGGCGGGGCUUCGAAGCGCACCUGGCUACGACCAGGGUGGAGCCGAACUGGGCCCAGGGUGACCGCUGCGGGCCGGGAGACUGGCGGAGCCGAGAGAGGGUCGGAGGAGCCAGCCUUCCCUCACCGUUUACCGCCGCCACUGCUGCAUCCUUCUCCAGCUCCCAGUGAGACGAGAGCGGCUGGCCGGAGCCAAGGGGACAUGGCCGAUCCCCGAGGGCAACCACCGGUCCCCCGAAGCAGCCGGAGCCGAGCCCGGCCCCCGAGCCUAGACGGCCGCAGUCUGGGGAGGGGCCCGCGGGAGCCCCACUGGCGGGCCUCGCUGCGGCUGUCGAUGGGAAUGCCGGGGCGGCGGCGAGGGGAGUUGCGGGAAUUGCUGGGACUACCAGUGGGGCCCGAGCGGGAGGAUGAGCAGUCCCCAACGGGCGCGCCGUCUGCGGCUUCGGUGGCCGGCGGCCCGGGCGGGCUCUGCCUGGAGCCUCGCGAACACGCGUGGAUGCUGGCGGCCGCUGAGGGCCGCUUCGACGCGCUGCAAGAGAUGCUGGAGACCGAGCCCGCGCUGCUGAGCCGCAUAGACCCGGUGACUGGUUACAGCGCCCUGCACUGGCUGGCCAAGCACGGCAGUCACGAGGGCCUCAUCCUGGUGCACGACUUCGCCCGGAGCCGCGGACUGACCCUCGACGUGAGCUCCCCGGGCAGCGGUGGCCUUACCCCGCUGCACUUGGCAGCGCAGCAGGGCCACGACAUGGCCAUCAAGGUGCUGGUGGGUGCGCUCGGAGCCGACGCCAGCCGCCGUGAUCACGGCGGCCACCGCGCCUACCACUACCUACGACCCGACGCGCCCCCAGGCUUGCGGGAACUGGCAGGCUCAGAAGAGGGGGAAGAGGCCCCCGCGGCGGCGACCAGCUCUGGCACCGGGCGGCGCAAAGGCUCUCCGGGAAACGCCAACAAUAACUGCAGCAUCAGCCGCCGCAGCUGGACUGCCUCCGGGGAGCGCAGGGACUCAAGGGCCCGGGCCUGGGUCAGGGAGAAGGGCUCCCAAGUAACCCACAUUCAGGGAUUUUUCCGGCAGCUGUUCUCCUUCUUCCAAGACCCCUGAGGGCCUGCAAAUGCUGGGAGCGGCCCCCCUUCAUCUCCUGCUAUGUAUGGCUCUCCCCCACCUGGGAAGGGAGAGAGGGGACACAGUCUGGUGGGGCUCCUCCUGAGUCUCCUAGAAACCGAAUCUGGCCAGGAGUUUACCGACUGCAGCCCACUCCACCCUCCUGGGCUCUUUGCGGCCAGGGAAGUUAGAGCUGCCCUAGGGGCCCUGCCUUGGGACCCGAUCGGCUCCCCCCGAACCCCUCCUGCCCCUUUCCUCUCCCUGAACCGCUUGGGGCAGGAGGGGAAGACGCUGCUGCUGGGGCCAGUCCCGACCUGAUGGAGCUGACCUGGGAAAUGGGUUCCCAUCUGUGCCACAGUGAAAUUCCGGAGGAAGACUGAGGGAACGCUUUCAGGAAGAAAUCGGGGGCCAGCAGCCAAACCCCUCAUGCAAAGAACAACUCCCACCUUUGGCCUCAGAGGAGCUUGAUAGGUGAAGCAUGACCCAUGAGGGCAUAGGGGAGGGCCAGUGUCCUGCACAUUAAAAAUGGCAGUUUUCUUCUUUUACUUGA